AUGUGUGUGCGGAAACCCGGGGACUCUGCCACGGCGUCUCUCCAGUCCCACGUCCACUCUACCGCCGGGACCACGUCUGCCACGGCCACCGUCCAGAUCAAGACGAGGAAACAGAAGAACUCGGGCCUCAAGGCCUUCAAGAGAGGCAGCAAAAGUGACGCGGAGCGCGUUCUGACUACCGAGUUGUCCUACUCCCAUCCUCAGCCACCGCCCGCCUCGCGCGUGGCGCCUCCGGUCUCUUCUCACACGUCCACCACCGCAGCGGGCGCUCGCGUGACGGCCUCCUCCGCGCCAGCCGCGGCCAAAGUGAGAGACGAUCCAGAAGGCCACCUCAUAUACACCAGAGGAGAUCGACUCGAGACGAGAUAUGAGAUACUGAGAACACUUGGAGAAGGCACAUUUGGCAAAGUUACAUGCAGUUUAGACAGAUUGACAGGAAAGCAGGUAGCAGUAAAGAUUAUCAAGAACGUACCAAAGUACAGAGCGGCAGCAAAGAUCGAGAUACGAGUUCUGGAGCAGAUCAGGGACAUGCAGCUUGACGGACAAGAUAUCUGUGUUCAGAUGCUGGACUGGUUCGACUUUUGUGGCCACAUAUGCCUCACAUUUGACAUGCUGGGACUCAGCGUGUUCGACUUCCUCAAGGACAACCAGUACCAUCCCUACCCUCUCUUCCAGGUCCGCCACAUUGCCUACCAGGUCAUCAAGGCCGUCAGAUAUCUUCACCGAACAAGACUCACACACACAGACCUGAAACCAGAGAACAUUCUUUUCGUCUCCUCCGAUUUUGACAUCUACUACGAUGCAAGAAAAAAACAAGACAUCCGAGUGGUGAAGAACUCAGAUAUUCGACUGAUUGACUUUGGGUCUGCCACAUUCGACGAUGAGCACCACAGUACGGUCGUCUCCACCAGACACUACCGCUCUCCAGAGGUCAUUCUAGAGCUGGGGUGGAGCCAUCCAUGUGACAUGUGGAGCAUCGGCUGCAUCUUGUUUGAACUGUACCGAGGCCACACCCUCUUCCAGACUCAUGAUAACCUGGAGCACCUCGCCAUGAUGGAGGCUAUUCUAGGCCCUCUCCCUACAAAGUUCAUCAGAGAGACGAGAAAGACCAAGUAUUUCUGGCACGGCCAGUUAGACUGGGAUCCUGACUCACCUGAUGCCAGAUACGUCAGGGAGCUCAGAAAACUAAAGCGGUACAUGAUCACAGCUGACCCGGAGCACGAGCAGCUGUUUGACCUCAUCCAGCAAAUGCUCAUCUACGAGCCUCGCAAGAGACUCACGUCACAAGAAGCCCUCAAGCAUCCAUUCUUCUAUCCCUACACCAACUCCUCCUCACAGCACCCCACACAACACUCCACACAGAGCAAGAGAAGUCUCUCCAGCCAGAGCUCCUCCAGUAGCGAAACAGAGUGA